UGUUGCCCCGGUAACGGGGACGCGCGCGGCUCCGGAGCGCCGGACAUGGCGGGACGCGGCGCGGGCCGCAGGAGGCGGAGCGCCGCGGGCACCGCACCCCGGAGGGACCUGCUGGCCCGGGAGGAGGAGUACAAGCGUGUAAAUGCAGAGCUGGAGGCAAAAACAGCUGAUCUUGUCAGACAAGCUGAGGAAGUAAUUAGGGACCAGCAAGAGGCCCGGUCUAGACCUUUUUCAACCCAAGAGAAACCACAUGAAGAGGGAGAUGGUCAUAGCUCAAGAGGUUUGCCGGCAUCUGAAGGGACAGUCCAUCUACGUUCAGAAAUGAAGCCAAAGACCAAACAUUUUGAACCAAUAAAUAAGGUUCCUGGCAAAUUGUCUUCUGCAAAUAAAGGGAGGAAAACAAAUUCAAGUAUAAAACUGAAAUGCCCUGAUGUCCCUGCUGCCUGUGACGUCGCCAUUCCAGAUGACUUCUCCGACUUUUCUCUCGCCAAAACAAUCAGCAGAAUUGAAGGGGAACUAGAAGAAGGCGGCUUGCCUGAUACUAGAGACGACGAUAUUUUUUGUGGUGUUAGUGAUGACAUUGGAGCAGAAGCACAAAUCAGAUUUCUAAAGGCCAAACUCCGUGUUAUGCAGGAGGAAUUAGAUAAUGUUGUAUGUGAAUGUAAUAAAAAGGAGGAUAAAAUUCAGGACUUAAAAUCUCAAGUAAAAAGUUUUGAAGAAGACUCUGUGAGGCAGCAGCGAGCAAUUAGUUUGCAGCAGUCUCAAACAGAAAAAUACAAAACUCUUUUUGAAGAAGCAAUGAAAAAGUGUGACGGAUUACAACAGCAGCUGUCUUCAGUCGAAAGGGAAUUAGAACAUAGUCGACGGAUGCAGAAACAGGCUGCUGCUAGUCAGAGUGCCACCGAAGUACGCUUAAACAGAGCCCUGGAAGACGCCGAGAAGUGCAAAUCAGAGCUCAGUAAGCUGAGGCAAAAUAACAAGGAUACUGCAAUUGAAGAUCACAAAAAAAUUGAAGCAUUAAAAUUAGAAAACAAAAAACUAGAAAAACAAAAAGGAGAAUUAAUUUUAGGAUUCAAAAAACAAUUAAAAUUAAUUGAUAUUUUAAAAAGGCAGAAGAUGCACAUCGAAGCUGCCAAGAUGCUGUCUUUCACUGAAGAGGAAUUUAUUAAGGCGCUCGAGUGGGGAGAUUCCUAAGUGGUGUAUUCAGUCUCUGUGACUGUGACGGUGUGUGAUGUGAACACAUGCACAUACAAGUUUUACUGGUUUGUAUUAUUUUCAGUCUUUUAUAAGUAACGGAGAUACCUGAAACAGUUUCAAAAAGAAUUGCCUGUUUAGAUAUUAGAAAAAGAAAAUAUUUUCAUAAAAUAAAGCAACAAGAAUCAAACUUG